GAUAUCCUUGCUUCCAGCCCCCAAACUCCCACCAUUCCAACGGCAAUGGCUUCGAUUCGUAGCUUCCCCAAAGCACUUAUUGAUGACACUCUCCUCUCCUCUCCGCCCAUUGAGAUAACGACAACAGCAGCAGCAGCACGCAAGAAGCUAUUGCAACAGCCAAGUCCUAAUCUUCUUCCACUGCCCAUAUCAAGGAGAGAUGCUCUACUUAUCUCUGUUCUACCCUUCAACUUGACUGCACUCUGCCUUCCCUCACAGGCCAGAGAGAGGAGGGGCAGGAAGGCCAUCUCUCCCGAGGAGUUCAUGACUAGCCCUGAUGGAUUGAAGUAUUAUGAUAUUAUUGAAGGAAAGGGUCCAAAAGCUGAGAAAGGUUCAACAGUGCAGGUACAUUUUGAUUGCAUAUAUCGUGGCAUUACAGCUGUGUCAAGUCGUGAAUCUAAGCUUUUAGCUGGAAACCGCAUUAUUGCACAGCCUUAUGAAUUCACAGUUGGGUCACCACCAGGCAAAGAAAGGAAGCGUGAAUUUGUGGACAAUGCAAAUGGCCUUUAUUCAGCCCAGGCUGCACCAAAACCCCCACCAGCAAUGUAUUCAGUAACAGAAGGGAUGAAAGUAGGAGGAAAGAGAGUAGUAAUAGUUCCUCCAGAGGCUGGCUAUGGAAAGAAGGGAAUGAAUGAAAUUCCGCCAGGGGCUACCUUUGAACUGGAUGUGGAGCUUUUGGAAGUAAUGCCUCCAAAUGGGAAGUAAUCCAUCUGGGAGAACCAUGUGGUUUUGAUGUUUUCCUUUUUCCAUGCUUCAGUGUUUUUUUCCUU